GUCGUUCCCGAACCCUGUCGCAUAUCCGGCCACUGUCGUAAUCCCUACCUCUGGAGCCAUUGGGGUCAACUCUGUUCAUAGGCUCUCAUGUCUUCCGCGUCGCAGGCGAGCGCAUCAAAAUCUAAUGCAAAGAUGGCUGCACCAAAAUGUGCGGCUUCAGAAGCAAAGUCAAUAGCAUCAAAGAUGCAUAGACGGUCGCGGUCGGGGUGCUUUACAUGCAGACUCCGUAGGAAGAAGUGCGAAGAGGGCAAGCCUGCGUGUAAAGCAUGCAAGCACCUUGGCUUGCGAUGCGACUACAAGCGACCCAUGUGGUGGAGCAACGGAGAGCAACGCCGUCAGCAGAAGGAGCACAUCAAGAACGUUAUCAAGCGGACUCAGCUUUCUAAGAAGACGCCACCGUCAGGUCAACCAUUACCUCGACCAGCAGCGACCAUCCAGACGCCACCAAGCUUGUGCCACUCAAUACCAACAUCAGCGGAGUUUUAUCCAGCAUCGCUGCUCCCGAGUCGAGCGCCUUCGGUCGGUUCGCCCUUCUCAGCUGGAUGCGACUUCGUGCAUACUUCGCCGGAUGGCUACUUUGCGAUGCCACCGCCUCCGCAACCGAUGCUGGUGCAUCCACAGUAUCCCAUGUUCUCGCCGUAUGAGGUGGAUAUUAAGACCGAGCGCCAAAUCUUCAUCAACGGAGAGCAAACCCGGAGAGACUCGACCAUCUCAACGUUCAGCACAUAUCAGCCGCCCCCGAUGCCAACUGGCAUACCUGCUUUCCCGGCUGAUAGCUGGAUACAGCACGAGAUCUUUGAGACCAACUCUGAGUCGUUCACGGAGGAGCCUGUAGAGUUUAACUUCUUCGAAUUUCCACACGGUCCACUUACGCCUAAUCACGAGAUGGCCAUCAAUGUCGAAGAGUGUGACAAGUAUCUGCUCAGUCACUUCUUCGAUAAGGUGCUGAAGCUGAUCUUCCCGGUAUUGGACGCGAACCAGCAUGGCUCAGCACGGUCAGACGUCGUCCUCCCAGCGCUGGAAUCGAACAAAGCAUACCUGCAUUGCUGCCUGAGCAUUGCUGCGACGCACAUGAAGGCAACGGAGUCUCUGUCAGGCGAGCAGAUAGACAACGAUAUCGUACGCCAUCGAUAUGCCGCAAUCUCCGAGCUGUGCGACGCCCUCGGUAAAGACAUGAAUCACGGCCAGAUCCUCGAAGCAACGCUCGGCAUGAUCUUCUUUCAGUGCUCGGUCGGCCGUGCGGACGAUGCUCUGCCGGACAUUCCUUGGCAUCAGCAUUUCCAAGCUGCGAUUAGCCUUGUGAACAAGCUGGACCUUCCAGGCAUGGUUAUGAACCUGGCGGCGAGGGGCCAGGCGCACCCGCCAUUCAACAUGGCCUUGACUUCCUGGAUCGAUAUUUUGGGCGCGACAAUGCUUGGACGCUCGCCAACAUUCGCGGACACGUACCGCGAGCUGAACAUGAGCGGGCGAAAUACCGGUCUUUCAGAGUUGAUGGGAUGUGAUGACAACAUUAUGUUCCUCAUCUCGGAGAUUGCAUGCCUAGACGUGCAGAAGGCUGAGGGCAUCGACGAGGUGAUGCUUUGCAAGUACGUUGAGAUACUGGCGCGCGAGAUCGGUAUGACGGAGCCUGCACCCGGCAGCGUGCAGAGCUGUUUCUCCAGCACAGGCGCCAUCCGACCGAAGCAACUCACUACCAACCUUACGGCGGUUUUCCGCCUCGCAGCUCGCAUUUACUUGGUGUCUCUGGUCCCCGGCUACGAGCCGCGACAGCCCAGCACUUGCCACCUGGUGUCUCAACUCUCCGAGCUCAUGAACUUCAUCCCAGCCGGUCCAGACGGCUUCGAUCGCUCCCUUGCAUGGCCGCUCUUGGUCGCAGGGUCAGCAUCUGUGGCCGCCUCACCAUUCCGCUGUAUGUUUGACGAACGCUGCCAGCGACUUGGCGAUGCAGCCGCAUUCGGCUCUUUUGGCAGGGUUAAGGGACUUCUGCACGAUAUCUGGGCAAUCAACGAUACAGCGAACGCGCAAGGAGACUACCAGGGCGUCCGCUGGCGUGACGUGAUGCAGCAGAAGAAGUCGGAUUACCUGCUUAUCUGAGCCUGGUCCUUGAACUUCCUUCUGCGCCCUUGAUGGGUGAAGCAUCCUGGCCUGGCCUCUCCAUUGGCAAACCGCACACACAUACGAACAACAUGCCUUCCAUAGCCUCUUGUUGAUGCAUUAGCGAAGGCGUUGCGGAGGACACACAGCUUAACAUUCUGUUAUGUAUCAAUCAGCAUGAUACCCACGAAGCUUGUUGCAUUGCUACUGGUGUUGGGACAUGGCCUGAACUAGUGCAGCUUUCAGGCCGGGGCGGAAGGGCAAGCACGUAGCGUAGACCCCAAAAAACAGUCUCAUCCUUCCAAUCUUGAC